UUAUUAGUCAGGAUGGUAUCUCAGAAUAUGGAGAUCCUCCACAAGCUGCAGGUCAGAUCCCGGAAACGGAGAGACAAGCUGGCUGAAGUUCUGGGAGUAUCUAGUGGCCGCAGGAUCGGGGUGGUACUGAAUACUCAGAUGGAGAUGGUUGCGCGCCGAAAGAUGGGUGAGAUGCGCUGGGAGCGCAACAGUAGAAAGCGCUCGCGAGGUGAACAGGACGAUGAAGACAACGACCAGAAACUUUAUAUCGGGAGUGAGAUAUUCCUGAAGGGGACUCAGUCAGCUAAUCCUCACAAUGAUUACCAGCAACAUUUCGUAGAUACAGGAAACAGGCCCCAGAACUACAUAAGAGACACAGGUAUUCAGGAGCGAUUUGAGGAGUAUCCUAAACUUAAGGAACUGAUCAGACUCAAAGACGAGCAAAUUACGGAAUUUGCUACACCGCCACAAUAUCUACCCGGAGAUCUCCACACCCUGGAUUUGAGAUCCACUCUCAAGACAGAUUUCGAUAUUAUCUACAUAGACCCACCUCUCGAGGAAUACGAGCGGAGGGCUCCUGGUGUUUACAAUAGUAAAACUUGGAACUGGGAGGACAUUUCUAAACUUAAAAUUGAUGAGCUGGCUGGAAACCCGUCCUUUGUUUUUAUCUGGUGUGGUUCUGCGGAGGGACUAGACGAGGGCCGGGAGUGUCUGAGAAGGUGGGGCUACAGGAGGUGUGAAGAUAUAUGUUGGAUUAAAACCAACAAGAACAAACCUGGAAAUACGUCGUAUUUAGAGCCGAAAGCACUGUUUCAACAUACCAAGGAGCACUGUCUUAUGGGAAUCAAGGGCACGGUGAGGAGAAGCACGGACGGGCACAUCAUACACGCAAACAUUGAUAUUGAUAUCAUCAUAGAGGAGGAGAAACCAUACGGCAGUACUCAAAAACCAGAGGAGAUCUUCAAAAUCAUGGAGCGGUUCUGUCUAGGCAGGAGAAGGAUACACCUGUUCGGAUCAGAUGCUAAUUUGAGGGCAGGCUGGGUGACAGUAGGACCAGAGAUAUCUGCCAGCAACUACAAUCCUGACCAGUACCUCAGUUACUUCAAAGAAUCGAGACUGUUGCCACAAAGACAGGACAUUGAGAGUCUGCGUCCGAAAUCCCCCAAAUCAUGGGGUGGACGAGGACGAGGAGGCGGACGUGGUGGCCGUGGUGGUCGUGGUGGAGGAAUGCGAGGUGGAGGAAUGCGUGGCGGCGGAGGUAUGCGAGGAGGCGGUGGAAUGCGAGGAGGUGGUGGUAUGAGAGGGGCUGGUGGAAUGAGGGGAGGAGGGGGAAUGAGGGGUGCAGGAGGAAUGAGGGGUGGUCGAGGAGGUGGUGGCUUUAGAGGAGGACACUGAACUUCCUGGAAAAUGGGACUCUAAAUCCCUGUCAGUGCAAAUGAAUAUGAGUUUCCUGAUGAUGAGCUGGUAUCAGGGGAGCUGAGCCGCGUUGAGACAGACUAUCAGAGUUGAGAAGUUUUGAUCAGUGAGAACGAAGUCGUGAGAACGGAAACAUAUAUGGAAUAUUUAUGGUUGCAAGAAAUCCUGAAGAUUUAAGGAUAAAUUCCUCCAGCAGAAGAGCUUAUAUAUCCCUCAUAUAUAUGAUUCCGGUUAAUUAUAUAUAAUUCCGGUUAAUUUCAUUGAUCUAGGGCGUGAGUAAAUAUUAUUUGGCAAGUGCUGCUACAAUAUUCUAGCGUCUUUUAAAGAGAUACUGCGUAAAAUAAACAUUCUACCGACUGUCUGCCUACUCCGCGAUAUCCGGUAUCGAAUGUACCAAUAUGUGGAUUUUUAGAAGAUGGUAUUGAAUAUUGAAAAACUAUCCCUCACCGCGGAGACUGUGCCGCAGAGGAGACUGUGCCGCAGAGUAACUUUUCUUUUUGCCAGACGAGUUAACCUCCUUAAAUCUCUGAUCACGUGACAAAUCAGCAGAACAGGGGAAGACUUGUGGUACGUGUUAAGUAAUCGACCUUUCUGAGUUAGGUCUGUGACGGGAAACUCUAGACACUCCGUACAGAGUUGAAUGGUAGUUACCUAGUUACGGGAAUUAGUUUUACUCCCGAUCUGCUGUGUAUUAUUGCAGAGUUAUGACCGAUCAGAAUUACUCGUCAAAUUGAGUUUUGCAGGAAUACUCGAUUUCAUUCGAUUAACAAUCUUCUUUCCAUUAAGGCUUUGCCGCUGUGUAAAUAAUAAAACACGCUCUCUUUAUGUAGUGUUGCUACGUACGUCGUACACGUGUCAUUUGUAACAUCACUUGUUCCUACUGUUCGAGUUCCUAUUGUACAAGUUCUACAUCGUUAUUGUCUGGUUGACCGCUAAUGUGUUUACAUCUGAUAUAGAGACUAGAGAGCAUUGUGUACACCUCACCGUGUCACCUUUAUCUUUAGGUUGCUUUAUUAUUUGUGUCGAUGAUCUGUAUAAUCUUGUUCUGUCUGUGCUGUGGACAGACGUUUUAUCUCUGCUCUUAUUUGUGUCGAUGAUCUAUUUCACAUUAUUUCAUGUAUUUGUAAUCUUGUUUUGUUUGAUGAGACCAGGU